AUGAGGAUCCAUUACCUUCUCUUUGCAUUUCUCCUGGUGCUGCUGUCUCCACUUGCAGCCAAAAAAAAAAACAACAAUCCAGUAAGUAGCUUUAGGAAAGGACGCUACUGCUGGGAUCAGUGCAUUGGCAAUACUCCUCAGAUUGGCAUUUGUACAGGAUUCCUCAAAUGCUGCAAGAGAUAA